AUGAGUGGAACCAAAUGUGUGACGGUUACCAGUGGGAGCACAUUAGAAACUCUGUGCCCGUCAGGGACAAUUAAUCAGUUUACAUCCAAGCAACCAAUUGAAAUUAGCGCGGAGUCGGGAGCUACAACCGAAGCAAGUACAACGGGAACAACGACACCUACAACCAAACCGGGAGGAGAUUCGGCAGGACCAAAACCUGAUCAAUCAGGGGAAGCUAAAAAGGACGGAGGAAAUUCCGAACCAGAGAAAAAGAAAAAAACUGAUUCUGAAGGAAGCUCACCGAAUCCCGAAGCAAAUGAGGAACGACCGGAGAAUAGAAAAGGAAAUAUGGUGAAACAGCCACCCGCUAGUCCGGAGCAAGCAGCGCCGGGCCCAAACGCGGAAGAGGGAAAGGUUCCGGUUCCUAGUAAACUAAUUCGACGUUCCAGAGAUACCUCCAAUACUGAUGUAAUAGUGUACUAUGUGUUGGGUAAGUGUUUCAUAAAAGCGAUUAUUCUAUAA